AAAAAUUCGUUUGUUAUCAGUUUUUCAGUGUGAAUGAUUGUAGUUUCCUAGUUACCUGUGAAAUUUUUAAAAAAAAAAAAAAACACGAAAAGAAAUGAAAAAUAUUGAAAAACUUAUCGCUGGUUGCAGUCUGCAAAAGCAAUGCUUCUUUUAGCAACAUUGGUUAUAAUACUUGUGAAUGCAAAAUCUAAAAUGCUGGAUCAAAGUAAAGAUAUGCUUUCUACAAACCCACUGAAUUCCAAAAUUAUUCCAAAAUGCGAAAAAAAAUCGUGCACGGAGGCUUUAAGGAAAUUUCAUAGUUUAACAGAAGAUUUGAUUAUGGAUAGAUAUCAUUUUGUGGCUGUUCAUCGUCUAAAAUGCUUACUGGUAUUACGGCUAACUAAACACGACUUGACCUUGAAUGAUUCUGCUUGUUCUUACCACACUACAGAAGGCUUGAUUAAAGGUCCAAAUGCUAAAUUGCUAACUUCGGAUUUUUCCGCUCUUCGACUGUAUGAAAACUUAUUAGAUAAGAUUCUUGGAGAGUUAUAUAUUGCAAUGAAACAUGAAGCAAAUAUUGAAUCUGGUCAAAAUUUUAUGGUGACGAUGUUACAAUUAUGCAACAGCGUAAAAUCGCUUUACAUGCGAAUUAAAAGUAUUGUGGAGAUAUUUUCUGAAUGUAACUGCGAAGUACUCAAUGGAACUAAGGAACCGUAUAUUCAAAGCUACGAUGUCUUGACAAAAAAAUACAAUCACUCGAAAAGCAUUUUGAUCAUUCUUAAGCAGUUAGAAAUUUUGAAAAAGAUUUUUAAGGAAGAUUUUUGGGAAAGAAAGAAAAAGUAUGUUUUAUGCGACACUUUAACCUCAAUUAAAUAACAUUAUUUGGUAUUGUUCCAAUCGAUAAUAUAGCAAUAUGACGUUUUUCAUGCCAGAUAUCGCCUGUAAUAUAGUAUUUUAAUAUAACUUUGGUCUAAUUUGUAUUAUGAACACAGCAUUUUUUUGUUUGUUUGAAAUUUAAGAAAUAUAUAUCUUUUUUUAAAAUUUAA